UACUAUUUUUUGAAAUUUAAAUGUCUUUUCAUUAACUAAAGAUGAAGAAUAUUUUAUUGUCAUACUGUCAUAUUGCUAGACAUAUACAGGUGUUAGACAUGAGGCGCAUCAAACGCAUGGCUAGGCGAUCAAUAGGUCCUAUGACUGAUGCGGGACCUAGCCAGCCUCAAGUGACCCAGGCUACAAUGGGUCCCUCUAGUGAUUCACAGGGUGCGAUAAAAAAGAGAGGCCACACACGAUGCCUCGAAGUUUGGAAAAUACGUGAAGGACAACACAUUACUAUUCCCAUCAACACUAAAGGACAACCUGUUGGUGACAAUGUUAACAAGUUGACAAACUUCCUAGGGACUGUAGCACGCAAUGGGGAAUAUGCACCCCUUACAUUUACUGAUUGGAGGGCAGUGCCGAAUGAGAAGAAGGAUGAUAUGUUGGGACUUGUUAUGUCCAAGUUUGAGUUUAACGCGGAUGCAAAGAAGUGGGUGUUACAAUCAAUUGGUAGAAAAUGGAAGGAUUGGAAAGGUGAACUGAAAAAACUCUACUAUUCUCCUCAUGAGACUGACGAGGAGCGGCUUGCGAACCUUGAUGAGCGGGUCAAAGAGGAUCAGUGGAAGACACUAAUUCAGUUUUGGAACUCUAAAGAAGGGAAGGCUCGUAGUAAGACAAGUUUAGAGAAUCGAAAAAGACAAUUAAUCGGCCACGCUGCAGGCUCAAAGAGCUUUGCACGGAUACGUGAGGAAGAGAGGAAGAAAAUAGCUAGUGACGAGGAUCCAAGCCGGGCAGAUGUGUUUAUAUUGACCCAUACGUGCAAGAGUGGUAAGCCUGUGGAUGAGGCUUCAUUAAGAGUAAUGGAACAACUUAAUGAACAAAUUUCUCAGUAGCCCGAUACCUCACAGAAUAGCACAGGAAGGAAUGAGUUGUUCUCUCAAGUAAUGGGAGAAGAUCGACAUGGCCGAGUCCGCACUUAUGGGUUAGGCCCCACUCCUACUGAUUUGUGGGGAACAACACAUAGCCAACGAAGGAUUGCCUCCGCUGCUCAGAUUAGAAAUGAAGAAUAUGAGGAACUGCAGAUUGAAGUAUCAUCCCUAAAAUCAAAAGUUUCAUACCUAAAAUUGGAAGUAUCAUCCCUAAAAUCAGAAUUUUCAUCUUUUAAAGAAUCCAUGGUGCAGCUGAUAUCCUCUAGGACAAAUCUGAAAUCCACAGUAUCAGAUAAUUCAGCUAAUCUCAACCUAAACCAACCGGCCUCAUCAUCAAGCCAGGGACACUUAGCGAAAAAGGGAAAGACUACGACUUGCAGUAGUACCGGGGUAAAUUUUCACAC